GGAGGUGGUCUCGGUCUCAAAUUGUUAACAGACCGACUUCAGAUGCACAUCACACCAAUGAAUGUCAAUUACAGAAGCGAAGGAUGUCUACCUAUACUAUGCUACACAAUGGAACCACACCUGAAAGGAAUACAGUGUACGCUCUAAUUUAUGGAUCUGUUAUGGUGCUGGGUCUGCCUCUCAAUGUUUUGUCACUGUGGAUUCUGCUCCGCUACCACAGCUUCACAGCCCCCAGCAUUGUCUUCAUGGUCAACUUGGCAAUCUCAGACCUGCUGCUCGUCAUCUCCUUGCCCAUGAGGGUCUACUUCCACGCCACGGGUACCUGGCCGCUGAGAAGCUUUGCAUGCAUCUUCAUCACAAUGCUCUUUCACAACAACAUCCGCUCCAGCUCCAUCUUCAUCACUUUCAUCAGCAUGGACAGACUGCUGGCUGUGGUUUAUCCUUUGAGGUCACGCCAUCUACGAACCUUGGCCAACGCAUGGAAAGCUGUUCUGCUCAUUUGGCUGUUUGUGUUGGUGCUGAACGUCCCGGAGAGUGUAUUAUUUUCCAAAUCUUUAAAAAGGAUUAAUGAAACAAACUGUUUUGAAUUUAGUUACAUUCCAAAUCCUUCUGUAACUCCCAUCUCAUUUGUUCAUACAGCGUUGGUCUUAACCUUGUUGACCGUCAACAUCGUGUGCACUGCUCUGGUGUCUUGGACCCUACGCAGACAUCUGAAUGAAUCUGCCAGGGUCAACAAUAAGGUGAAUGUCAUGGUGAUUUUUGUCAUGAACUUGCUGAUGUUCACCAUAUUUUUCUUGCCCGUGUCACUGGUUGUUUUGUUCAGAAUUGAACGUCAUUAUCGCACACCACUGGUCUGUCUUGCUAGUAUGAACUGUUGUCUGGACCCACUGUUGUACUACUUUUCUUUAGAUGGCUUCUGGAAGAAAAAAGAGGAUGUGGAAAUCUCUCUGGCAAGAGAAUAGUUUGUGAUGACAGUAGACCUCACAGAAUAUGCAUGAUUUGUUUGUGUGUGGAUGUGUGACAUAACAAUUUAAAAACUG